AUGGCCUCACUUGCAUUGAGGCAGGCAUCCCCUCUUAUCACUCCAGCCACACUAGAAGGACCUUCCAACGCACCCAUAAGUUGCACAAAGGUUGAACUCCAUCCAGAAAUCCUCUGGCAGCAAGAGGAUGCUACAAAACUCAAUCACCUGCACAGAUAUCUCAUAGGCAACAAUGCCAGCAGCAGAUCUCAACCCCCAGCACUCCACAGACUACUGGGGAAGAACACAGGGCAUCUUAUCAGCCACUUAGAUGCUUGGAAACAAACCAUGUUGCAGGAUGUGACACAAGCAGUAGAAAGCGCAAUUCAGCGCCUUCUGACUGCCCCCAGCAGCACAGAUCCACACACACCUCCCAGAAGAGUCUUCACAGUUAUAGACAACACCCCCAAGGCCCCUUCUGGCUCAGGCAGCUCAGGCAACAAGGACUUCUUAGUCCCUAUCAAGGAUGAGCCUGACCCAAAAGGAAAAAGGGUCAAACUGGAGUCACCAGAUCCACCAAAAGCAACCCCAAACACCUCCUGGGCAAUCCCACACACCCAGGAACACCCUGACCUCAACCCAGAGCAGCCCUUCAUCAGACCAACGCCUGUAGAUCUCCCAAGCACAUCUCAAGCAGCAACAAGUAAUCCCCUUAGCAAAGGAUAUCUAUCAGCGCAACCAGGAGAAACAGAUGAAGAAAAGGAGGCAAGAACGCUACACAACAUUGCUACCAUCAUGGGAAGAGUCUUAUCUGUCCAACUCCAGAGCACCUUCAGGGGACUGUCCCAAACUCCUGGCCCAGCCCAAGCAAAAUCCAAAAGCCCUGCUCCUGAAAAAUAUGAUGGCAAGAAGGGUCCUGCAGCCAAAUCAUUUAUCCUGGAUUGCAAAACCUACUUCCUUAGCAAUGCUUCCUCAUUUCCUUCUGAUCACAGUCAAAUCUCCUUUGUCCUCAUGAACUUAAAGGAUGGACAACCCAAGAAGUGGGGACAGAUCUAUCUAGAGAAGCUGCUGAAUGGGGAUGACAAGCCAAACUUGGAAUCCUGGAAUACAUUUGAAGCAGCAUUCUUGCGCAACUGGAGCAAUCCAGCAGCAGCACAAAUUGCAGAACAACGCCUGCGCAAACUCAAGCAGCUGAAAUCAGCAAGCAAUUAUGCCACAGAGUUCAGAAUCAUAGCCAGCAAACUAGAAUGGUCAGACCCUGCCCUCAUUGCCUCCUUCCGCCAGGGACUCAAGGCAGAAGUCAGAAGCAAGCUAAUUGAGUACACCCUGCACAAGAACAUCACUGCACUGGACAAGUUCAUUUCUACUGCCUCUCAAGGGCGCUCAAGCGAUUUUGUUUUCCAAGAAGGUCAGGAAGCAAGAAGAAACGCUGGAGAAUGUUCCAAGUGUGGGGAGAAAUCUCACAAAUGGGAGGACUGCAAGAAUGGAUGGCGCCUCAAAACAAUAGAACGCUCUAAGCCUGAAUCAGGAAAGGCUGCAGAAGUAGAAGAGCUGGAAUCACUUCCCCAAGCGGGAGAAGUCUGA